AUGUCGACUAAAGACUUCAUUUUCGUUCUCGGUGGCCCAGGAUCAGGAAAAGGCACACAAUCAGCUGUCAUUGCCAAGGAGUAUGGUAUUGGCUAUCUUUCCACAGGCGAUCUCCUUCGUGAGACAAUUAAGAAACUUGAAAAUCCACCAAAGGAUAUGUCAGAGGAAGAACUCAACAAGAUCAAAGAGCUUGCUGAAAUCAUGAAGAACGGUGGAUUAGUCGAUGAUAAGACCGUUAUUGAUCUCAUCAAGAAGAAAAUGUCAAGCUCUAAGGAAGAGCACUGGUUUAUCGAUGGCUUCCCACGCAAGAUGUCUCAGUGCGAGGCAUUCGCCGCUGAGCUCGGAGAACCAGUUACUUGCCUUUACAUUAACGUACCUGAGGACGUUCUUAUCAACCGUCUUCUCAAGCGCGGUGAGACCUCCGGCCGUGCUGAUGAUAACGAAGAGGCUAUCAAGAAGAGACUGAAGACAUACAUCGAAGAAUCUCAGCCAGUUAUCGAACACUACAAGGGUAAGGGAAAGGUCGCUGAGAUCGACGGUAACCGCUCCAUUGACCAGGUCCACGAAAGCUGCGUUGAAGCUAUCAAGAAACACUGGAAACUUCAGAAUAAGGUCGAAGAAGCUGUUAAGAACUCAAAGUGCUGCCUUCUUAUCUAA